AUGGAAAAAGAAUCAAGAAUCCAAGGGAAAAAAGAACGCGUUGAUGACGGGAAAUAUCUAAGACCUGAGAUGCUGAGUCUGAGAUAUCAAUAUCGCAGCACAUUAAACGUGGUAAAAAUAUAUGCCUUACCGCUUACUAACGGCGAUGAUAUAAAUGAAUAG